GAGAAAAUGCGAGAAGUUCUAGCCUAGCAACGCAUAACAACUAUGUACACGGGUUGAGUUGUUUCCCUCUUCACCCAGGCUGAAGGAGCGUAGAGACUGGUGAUUCGUUUGACUUCAGGGAACAGAAUAUGGAGGGCUUGCCGUUUCUUCCAGGGAACACUUUUGUGGAUCCCACAAAAAGUAAAUUUCAUAUCAGCCAGAGCUUAGGCUACAAGAAUGGCUAUGCUUUGCCAAAGCGUCCGGAGAGAGGUGUCGGGGGAACUCAGUUGUUUCACAAUCAGCUCUCUGAAAGUGAACUGGACGAACUGGCCAACUUCAGCCCUACACUGACCUAUGGACAAGCCAAGCAAGCUCCUCCUGCUGCUUUCAUACCAGCUCACGUAGCAUGGGACAAGAAGGUUCUCAAGUUCAGCGGCUACUACAAGCAGACCGUGCACGAGUCCCCAGAGGAGUACUACAGAGUCCGCCCGGUGGAAAUCUUCUACUACUUGGAGGAUGACAGUAUCUCCGUGAUUGAGCCGCAUGUGGAGAACUCAGGAAUGCCUCAAGGAAAACUGAUCAAGCGUCAGCGGCUACCGAAGAACGACCAGGGAGACAGCUGGCACUGGAAAGACAUCAACCUGGGCAUGAACAUUACAUUCUAUGGGAAAAACUUCCACAUCACCAACUGUGAUAAGUUCACUUCGGACUUCCUCGAGAGCGAAGGUAUAAUUGUGAACGAGCCCCAGCAGAUACCGUUAGACCCGUACAUCACCAAGAGGGCUGAGGCGGCCGCUCUGAGGACCUACGACACGCCGUCCUCCUUCGACAAACUCAAGCAGUUCAAGGAGUUGGACAGGAAGGUGCUGAGGUUCUUCUGUGUCUGGGACGACCGCGACCAGAUGUUUGGGGAAAUGAGGCCUUUUGUUUUACAUUACUACCUUGUGGACGACACACUAGAAGUCCGAGAGGUGCACACUCCCAACGACGGCCGCGACCCGUUCCCCGUCCUCAUCGGACGUCACAAAGUGCCCAAGAACCGCUUCGAUCUACCGUCCUCUUUCCCGAGUGUGGUGAUGGAGAUUUCAGACCAGGAAAUCAAACAAUACUUCACCCCCAAAGACUUUGAGAUUGGCAAAACCCUGUCCAUUUAUGGGAGGAGGUUCUUAAUUUACGACUGCGACAAUUUCACCAAGGGCUUCUACUACAACCAUUUCGGAACCACAAAUUUUGCACCAGUCGAAGUGAAGGGAAUGGCAAAGGAGCUGCCAAAGAUGGAGAUUGCGGAGUACAACAACUUUGGGUCCAUCGAAGAUUCCCUGCAGUCCUGCAACAGUUUGAUUCCCCAGCCACCAAAGAAAGACUUCAUCAAGAUGCUGGAGAAUGACCACAGGGAACUGCGCUUUGAGGCCAUUAUGAGCCCCGGCUGUAAGGACACGAUGCGUCCAGAAGACAAAGGCCGCCGCUUCAUCAUCACGUACAGGCUGGCAGACGAUAUGCUGACCAUUUACGAGCCGCCGGUCAGAAACUCUGGCAUCAUCGGGGGGAAGUUCCUGGAGCGGACGCGUGUAGCGAAGCCUGGCUCCUCCCUGGAGAAGCCUCUGUACUACGGUCCUCAGGACUUCUACAUCGGGGCCGUCAUCGAGAUCUUCAAGCACCGAUUCGUCAUCACCAACGCCGACGCCUUUGUCCUGAAGUAUAUGGAGGAGCACAGGGGGCAGUUCCCUGAGCAAACAGUGUCGUCGGUGAGGGAGAAGGUGGGUGAGUACGCUGGGCCACAGGAGACCAUGAAAGGAGGACCCAUGAAAGUACAGAGACAACCGGGCGACCUUGAGCUGAUGGUGCGACAGGUGCGGGCGCAGCUGAAGAAGAUUGCCAUCACGGACAAGGCGCGCGUGGACGAGAUGUUCCUCCGCUACAACAACGACCGCACCGGCUACAUUGACAUCAACAACCUGCGAGACUUGUGCAAGCGUCUGCAGCUCCCUAUUGACGACGAUGUCCUCUGUGCCGUCAUUUGUCAGAUCACGUCUGAUCCCGAAGGCCGUGUGAACUUGGAAGACUUCCGGCAGUUUAUCGAGAGCACGUAAAUGAGUCGCUGGAUUGGGAUAGUACAAUGAGUCGCAGGAUUGGGAUAGUACAAUGAUGAGCAAUUACAAACGUACCUAAAACUUCUUGUGAUGCUGAGUCUAGCAAGGCUGUGAUACAAACAUAUAUGUGUCACGACGCAGUGGAAUCAGGCGCUCGUCAAUUUUUGGGCAUAUGGAGUUAUUGGUAUCAUCAUAAA